AUGCUAUCCUGUUUCUUGUUCCUCUCCAAGCAUAUCGGCGCUUCGCUGGUGUCCCUGCGCAACGCGCGCCGUGGCUUUGCGCUCUCCCCGCGCUGGGUCCCUGGGGGCCCCUCGGGCCACUGGCCUGCCGUCCCCCGCCGCCCGCUGGUCGCCGCCUCCUCCUCCGGGGACCCAGCCGGGCCCGCCUCCGCCCCCUCCCGGGUGCGCCAGAACUUCCACCCCGACUCCGAGGCCGCCAUAAACCGCCAGAUCAACCUCGAGCUCUAUGCGUCCUACGUGUACUUGUCCAUGGCCUAUUACUUCUCCCGAGAUGACGUGGCCUUGAACAACUUCGCCAGGUAUUUCCUUCGCCAGUCCCGGGAGGAGACAGAGCACGCGGAGAAGCUGAUGAGGCUGCAGAACCAGCGAGGAGGCCGGAUCUGCCUGCAGGACAUCAAGAAACCCGACCGAAACGACUGGGAAAGCGGGUUGUAUGCCAUGGAGUGUGCUCUGCUCUUGGAGAAGGAUGUGAACCGGUCGUUGCUGGAAUUGCACACCCUGGCCUCAGAUAAAGGUGACCCCCAUUUGUGCGACUUCCUGGAAACCCACUAUCUGAACGACCAGGUGAAGUCUAUCAAAGAACUAGGUGACCACGUGCACAACUUGGUUAAGAUGGGGGCCCCGGAUUCUGGCCUGGCGGAGUACCUUUUUGACAAACAUACCCUCGGAAAUGAAAACAAUUAG